AUGUUGAAAAGCAAUACCCAACAGCAAAAAAAUAUCCUCAACACUGUAAUCGGUGCUUUACCGGACAACCGACCAAUCACAUCAUUGCAACUGGUUGAAGAAUUUGAGAGGUGCCCAGCAAACUUUCUGCCCAUCAACAAAACUUAUGAUCAGGAUCAGGAUGCAGACUUGUGGCGCGAGAAAUUGCUGAUUGGCAAGCGAACCACGCGCUACUUAUGUUUAUCCAAAACAGAAGGAUUGCCCGACUACAUCGUAGAGACACUAAAAAUUAUCAACGAAAAGGAAAACGUUCCCGAUGGUUUCUCACAACUGACACGGACGGCAGACACGGAACAGAAAGCAUGGCGUAAAAAGCAGUUGGUAUAUCGAUUGGCCAAGAAAGGUACCGCCAACCAGGCAGUAACGGACAUUAUAUUGUGCUCGAGAUUACGCCAAGCGCCGGAGGGAUUUACUCUAGCAGGCGACAUCAAUGGUAUUUUGGUGUGUUUUAAAAUGUCUUCUAUACCUCAUCGUCCUUCUCCGAGUGUACCAAUCCAGCAGAGCAUCACGGAUAUAGCGAAAACUAUUGAAAAUCUCAAAAUGCAGUCAAAUCAUGAUAAGUCGCUGCCGGAAACUCAGGACCAUGAAUACGUGCAGUUACUUUCAACAUAUCAGCUUUCUCCAAAAGGUACUACACCUAAACCACGGUUGUAUUCAACUGGAACCCUUAGUCUACACACCGACGUUGAAGGCGUUCCGUUUUUGCUAAAUUCUGCGCUAAAACAAUGCAACUCCAAGUUCCCUGUGAUUUAUGAAUUGUCUGGCACACAAAUGGAGUACGACUUUGAGCUUGAAAGGCAGGUACUCUGUACGACAAAAUCCCAAAAUUCUCAAAUAAAAAAUCCGUUCUUCCAUUAAAAAUGGAUUCGAUUGCUCAAUUACGUGAAGGAUCUAAACGAAGGCUGAAAGACUUUUUUACAAACGAUUUAAUAAAAAAUACAACCAUGCCUUGUUUUUCUACAAAGUCAAGAAUUUCUAAAAUCAUUAUAACGAAGGAUGCUGAAAUUCAACACCAACUUGUGAAACAGCCCGUGCUUUUUGAGUUAUAGUCGUUAUAAGCGAAUGAGAAGUGGUAUAAAUGUUCUUCGUAGUUUUUUACGUAUAAAGUUAAUUUUUCAUUUCGUCCAAGGCUUAUCAUUUUGCUGGCUCAGCUCAUGCUAAAUUUUUGAGUAAAUUUUAUUUUCUAUGCAUGGAAAUUCUUGAGUUUCUUCACGAAGAAAAUUGGAAUUUUUUCUAAUUUAGUGGAAAAUUUAAACAAAACCAUAGCACAGUUUUUCACUGUCUCUUCUAUAACGAACCAAAUCAGAUAAUCAAAAUAAAUUAU